GGGACGUAAAACGCCGCUUUGAGGAAUAAAUAAGGGCAGGGAAACCGAACCGCAAUGGAACAACUCUUACCUCGCUCCAAUUCUGCUUAAAAUACCCCGAAAUGGCUUUUAUCCUUGACGGGGUGUCAUUAGAAGGUUUUUAGAGGGCUUUGGGUAUCUGUUUGGCUACUGAAAGGGACUGAGAAAGUUUGUAAGGAAACGAACUUCAGAGACGGUCAUGGAGGAUUUCGGUUCGGCGCUAGAGAAGAACGUGGCGGAUCUGAACGUGAUGGACGUGUACGACAUCGCCGCGGUCGUGGGCCAGGAGUUCGAGCGCAUUAUCGAUCAGUACGGAUGCGAGGCUCUGUCUCGACUCAUGCCCAAAGUGGUCCGUGUGCUGGAGAUCCUGGAGGUCCUGGUUAGCCGCAACAGCAUCAGUCCAGAGACCGAGGAGCUGCGUCUGGAGCUGGACCGGCUGCGGCUGGAGCGGAUGGAGCGGCUGGAGAAGGACAGGAAACAUAAGAAGGAGCUGGAGCUUGUGGAGGAUGUGUGGAGAGGAGAAGCACAGGAUCUUCUGUCCCAGAUCGCACAGCUGCAGGAGGAAAACAAAACGCUGCUCAACAACCUGUCUGUCAAAGAGUGUCCAAUGACAGAAGAGGAUAUACAGAAACAGGAAGGCAUGACCGAGAGGGAACGGCAGGUGAUGAAGAAGCUGAAGGAAGUUGUAGAUAAACAGCGAGAUGAGAUCCGUGCCAAAGACCGCGAGCUGACGCUCAAAAACGAGGACAUUGAAGCGCUCCAGCAGCAGUUGAACCGGCUGAUGAAGAUCAACCAUGACCUGAGGCAUAAGAUCACGGUGGUGGAGGCCCAGGGUAAAGCGCUGAUCGAGCAGAAGGUGGAGCUGGAGGCGUCUGGUCAGGCGCGGCAGCAGGAGAUGGGCAACCUGCGACAGGAAGUGGCCCGUCUGAAGGAGCGACUUAAAGAGCAGGGCAAGACCAGCACUGAGACGGAGGAGCCUGUAGGACCACCUUCACCUGCACAGGAGGCGAUGUGUGAUGACGACAUGUCCUCUCUAGAUCCAAAUGACCCGAACCGCCCGCGAUUUACCCUCCAAGAGCUGCGAGACGUCCUGCAUGAACGCAAUGAGCUGAAAGCUAAAGUAUUCAUGCUGCAAGAGGAAAUCGCAUAUUACAAAAGUGACGAACAGGAAGAGGAAUUAGGCCCGCCGCUCCCAGACCCGUCUCCUACACUCCGGCCAAGCUCACGCUCCAACUUUCAGCCCGAGUCGGGUAUAAAACGACUGUUUAGCUUCUUUUCCCGCGACAAAACCCGAGGCUCUCAGAGGAGGAUGCCACAGAUGGGUGAUGGCUUCGGCUCAUGGGCGGGGAAAAAUGACGUGGACACAGAACAGGCCCAGGAGGCAUUACAGCACAUGUAACGAACACAACGCUCCACUAAUCGCUAACCUGCACCAUGUGACGGUCCCUUUAAGAGUCACUUUCACAGCACAACCUCCGCAAGCCAAUGAGACUAAAGAGCUCACAAAGGGAACAUGGGGGACAGGCUGUUUAGAGUUACUGAUAGGUUGUGGCCCUCACCUUCACCCAAAGAUACUGUGAGGGAGUUUUAUGUGCCUGUUAUGUUAGAUAGUUAGACAUUUUAUUGCUAUUGCAAAUGACAACUUUAAGUAGAUGACUCGGACGAAUAGACUUCAGACAAUAUUCUGAGAAGAUACCUUCAGUAGAUAAGAUACAUAUCUAUUUUUAAUUCAAAUUGAAUUAUGAGUGAAAAUAUGCACA